UUGAAAGCCUCACGCUCACUUUUGACUGUCCGCUUUGUAUCUCUUCUUCGACCUCAUCAGCCUUAGCCAAGAUGACGAAGCGCACCAAGAAGGUCGGAAUCACGGGUAAAUAUGGUACCAGAUACGGUGCCUCCCUGCGUAAGCAGGUGAAGAAGAUGGAAAUCUCCCAGCAUGCCCGCUACGUCUGUACCUUCUGCGGUAAGAACACCGUCAAGCGCAAGGCCGUCGGUAUCUGGGAGUGCAAGGGUUGCAACAAGGUCGUUGCCGGUGGCGCCUACGCUGUCUCCACCCCCGCUGCCGCUGCCACCCGUUCCACCAUCCGCCGUCUCAGAGAAAUCGCGGAGGUUUAAAUGUGAUGAUGGGAUUCCUUUACUGUUACGUUUGAAAUAAAAAAAAGACCAAUUUUUUUUUCACAA